AUGAAAUUCGCCCUAAUUUUUCCCGUCCUAUUUAUUGCUGUUGUGCAAAGCAUUUCUGCACGAAAAGGAACGACUCGUAGAAGGUGAGAAAUUUUUGCCUUAUUAGUAGCGAGAUGAACAGUUUACUCAACAAAUUGUCAUUCUCAUAUGUGCGUGUUGGUAGUGUAUUGAUCAAUCGUGUCGUGAUAGCAAUGUUCCGAUUACUUAUUUGGUGCAAAAGGUAUAGUCUGAGGUAGCGAUUCCCAUGAGAUCAGUCUCUAAUUUUUAAUCCUUUUUUAGGUCAGGCGAGCAAAUUUCACUAUUUACCCAUGCACAAAAAAGGCAAAUCAGCGAAGAAUUUUUAUUGCAAAAAAAAAGGCUUUGUACGAGGUGACUAGACUGUGAGCAGUCUUGUGUUUUUCUCUUGAUUCACAGUUCGAAAGCACCCGUGAGGAGCGAGCGGCGAAGCCGCGAGGAACGAGGGCGGUUUCACUCGCCGUUCGUGGCUCUGUUGAAAGAAGGACAACCGCUCACCGUCUAUGUCGUGACAUUUGCUCGUCUGAUGUGGCCAUGCGUAAGGGCUUACAAAAAAAAUUAUUGAAAAAUAUAACCUCGUAAAAUUAACGAGCUGUAUUACAUUUAUACGGUUUAGAUAUGGUCAUCCGAGAGUUUCCCUCGACGAAAAAAAAUUGCAAACCACUCUAAAAAUUGUUUUAGAGGGGCUUGCAAUUCUGUUUAGCUGAUCUUUGUCUCUCUUUGUGGCUUAUCCCCACAGCUAAAGCGGCCGGCAAGUUUAUGCGUUCAUAUCACCUUGGAAACUCCUUUACCCUACCUUCGUGACAUAAUGGAAAUAGGCGUUUUAUAAGAGUUGGUCACCAAACCUAACAAAAACUUUUAUACAGAGGAAAUUGAAAAAGCACAUUUUAAUGGGCCAUUUAUGAGUUCCCUGCAGCCUCUUUUUCAAAGCGAGGCUUAGUUCGAAGCUAUUGAAAUGAAAAUGACUUUUAUUCUCAUACAAAUAAAACUCAUCUUUGCAAGUCUCGUUUUGAAAGUGAGACUUUUUGGAACUCGGAAAUGGCCUAUUAGUAAGAAUCACAUUCACAAGUAAAAUAUAAUGUCGUCCAACGGCGAGAUUUAGUGCAGGUUAUUACCCUAUAAAGGAACAGACAGGAAAGCGCCUUGUCUAUCCCUUGGGAUAUGUGAGUUUCACCAAAGUUAUUUUUAAACCAAAUUAAUGUCCUGAAUUAACUAAAAUUAAUCGGAAGUUGGUUACUGCAGAGGCCCGCAAACGUUUAGUCAUUUUUGUCAAGAGAGAAUUCAACAGUCACCAUUCCAAUAUUCUGCAUUGUUUGCCUUGACACAGUCGCUUGCAGACUUGGUGUCGUUUUAAACAAUCGACUAAAAUGUGAAAUCAGACUUACAACCUCUUAAAAUAACUUUAUGAAAUUCACAUAACCCUGCAAACGCCCUAAGUUUCCCUUUAUCUGCCAUCAUCCCCUCUUGGCUUAACAAAUUAAUAAUGAGAAGGUUUUGUAUGCAUGGUGUCACAAGGCCUUGCCAACCAUUUAAAUUUCUUAAGAAAGGGUCGGGCGCGGUGUUGCCGAGAGAAACAUGAAGAGAUUAAAAGAAUUAAUGGCAAGAACUGUUCUUUCCGAACAAAUCUUUUUAGUUUCUUUGGCUGUAUCAGUCGCUACUUGUGACAUAACCGGAAAUCGACAAAUCUUAUUGUCGUUUAUAUGCUCUUUGGAAACAGAGAAUACCAAGUCUACUGUGUUUUUCUCUUAAUCGUUGCUUGUUCGAGGCUGGGAGCUUAUUAACUUUUCCUGCCUACAGGCUGGCCGGUUAUUUGAGGUGGGUGCCUAUUCCAGGUUAGGCGCUUAAUCGAAUAAAUACGGUAUUUGAUCGAUUACCUCACUUUCUAAUAGGUUUAUCUCUGUAAAUGACACUAUUAAGUUGUGAAGUGCAACCUAUAUUUAAUAAGGAUUUGGUGAAUUUUAUCUUCUUUUAGCAGAAACAGUGGAGGAUUGCCCCUUAACGGAGCUAGACAAAAGGUAUGUAUUUUUUUUUUACUCGCAGGACUAAUGAUUAAUCUUUUUAUCUGAGUUUGUAUCCCUUCCUACUUCUGGUUUUAAAUUCUUGAAAAGCGAGACAUAACCGAUUAUCUUUUACCAAAACAACACAACACAACAAAAAGACAAAAAAACAACAGGAGCCUGCAAUUUGGUUCUUAAAGUGCUGAUACGAUCAAAUUAUUGAUUGGUAGUUGCGUACUUUAAGUACAUGGUGUACCAAUUAUAGCUUCAUACGACGAUGGAAAGUGUGAUUUUUUCGUCCUCCAAUGCCGUUUAUUUUCGCCGCCAUUAAACGCCACGUUUCUGCGGCCUGGUUACCAAGAAUAGGCGGCAAAAACUUAGUGACGUCAUUUGACUAUUUUGUACCUUGCUCAACCUAUGUUAAGUAAUGAUCCGGGUACGGGUGGAUAGCAAUUUCUUUUGUUAUACGGCAACGGUGCUUUCCCCACAAAGGAAUGUUCUCAUUUUUGCACUGAGAGAAUGCACAAAUCUACAUGAAGGCCGUUUACGCAAUAAAAUGCAUUUACACUCCACUUUGAAAGGGUAAUUUUUUGUGUUAAAAGAUUUUGACAAAUCACAAGCGUUGAAAACAAUAGCCAAGAAAAUUUUACAAUUCUACAUGUUCCCCACAUAGGAUUUCUUUGUUAUUCAAACUGAGACCAGAUUUUGUUAUAUGGAAGAUGGUUGGAAAGUAAGGAUGAAUAUAUGUACUGCUUUAUGAAGUUUUGUUAACUUUUGCUGUUUAAGCCAAUCAGAAGUAAGUACACACAAUAGAAAAGUUAGCACCUUUUUUGCAUUCCAACAUGUUCGUUGCCGUUGUUGCUAUCGUUCUUAUCUGGAUCGUUUCUUAAAAGAGAUACCAUGUUUCGUAAGAUUUGUCUCAAACAUGGCAAAAAAGUACCAUAACCUUCGGUUGCAAAAUAUUAUUAAGUAUUACUAAAAACUGCUAAAAUACUCUGUUAACAUUAAGAAUACAGAAAUACUGCCCACACCAUUCAUUCCGUAUUUCUUUUUAUCCAGCCCACCCCAUGACUUUAACAACAACAAUAACUUCAUUUCAGUAUUCCCACUUGAGUACAUGGUAUUGCCUACAUUAUUUAUGUUAUAAAUCUUAAAUCAAAAAAAGACUUUAAUUAAAGAACAAGUUUUUGGCCCAUAAAGUCAGGGGCCACGCAUUGACACGGUUUGUCUAUUUUGCCUUCCGGGAUAGGGUUCAAAAUGGAACAAACCGUCAAAAAUCCGCGUUCAAACCUUCUCGUAAUCUCCUAGAAAGGCGAGAGACUUGCCAGCUUUAUAGGAACUACAUAUUUAUUUAUUCAUUUAUAUUAUUGAUUGAUUGAUUGAUUGAUUUAAAAACUCUGAAGGCGUCUGUGUUCAAAUAUUCAAAUAGAGGUUCUAGAAGACAUAUAUUACUGAGAAUUCUUUGGAAUCAGAUAAAAGGGGACCGCGGCCCCCUCGCCCUCUCUAAGGCCGCCAAUGGGGUCAAACCUGUGUGUACAUCCGAUUUUCUUGUCUGAAAAAGCAGCAAUACAAACGCCUACGGCUUAAACCCAAACCUCUUACGCGGUAACCACUCCAUUCGACCCCAUGCAUCAAUUUGAGAUAAUCAGAUAUAUUGGAAGCUUCUCUUCUUUUUUAUCAGGCUUAUCCAGUUUUACUCAGUAUUGUGAGAGAGGGAGGAUUCAGAGGGCUAGAAGAAUGCAAGAAACAAUUCAAAAACGAGAUUUGGAACUGUUCUCUGGAUCAGAGUAAACAGGACGUAUUUUCACAUCUACCCAUAUUUGUUAAAACAACGCUUCCAUAUGGUAAGGUUAUAGCAAGUUAGAGCCAAUAAAGUGAGCUGAUUUUUUUUUUAGCGAAGAAACGUGUAUAGAUCGAGUUUCUUUAAUUUCCUCAUUCGGGAUUGUCGUUUGUCGUUCUUCAGGAUAACUUGUGUGGUUUCUCUUAAUAGUCUUUCACAUGAAAAGCUUCAGUAUUUGUUGACUAACACUACCAAACUUCUUUAUGAUUGCUUGUAAUGGCCUUUUUGACUGCUGAUUGCCGUCUCACGGACCAUGUGACUUAGCUCUUCUUAAAGAGAUGAUAAACUUCUCUUGUGUAAUCCCCCAAAUCUUAACACGCGUGGAAAGAUGGCGGGUAGAACAACGUCUAUUGGUACCAUUUUCUGUUGCAGCCACUCGUGAGACAGCUCUUUUACAUGCCAUAAGCAACGCUGCCAUCACACACGAGGUCACGCUUCAGUGCCGGCAAAACAAAAUACCCGGAUGUCAUUGCGUUGAAAAGAACAAGCACAACAGUGGUAAUGGAGAGUGGCAGUGGGGAGGAUGUGGGGAUAACAUUUGGUUCGGUGAGAACACAACGAAAAGCUUUAUCGAUGUUUUGGAACCGCAGGAAGAAAGCGCCCGUAGGGCAGUUAAUCUGCACAACAAUGAAAUAGGAAGACGGGUAAAUAUCUUGCCAUCUUACUUUUUACAGCCACGAGCAGUAUAUUUAGCAAUUAAUGAAUUCGCCUUUCUUAGGAUAUGAAGAAUUAAGCAGAUCGAGGAGGGUGUUAUCCACCGAGGCCCAAGGCAGAAGUGGAUAACACCCUCCGAGAUCUGCUUAAUUCUUCAUAUCCUAAGAGAGGCGAAUUCAUUAAUUGCUUUAUUAUUCGUUCAAAUAAUUCCUAGUUUAAGAACAUAGCCAAGACAUGCUUACCUGCUUCGAUGUUAAGUUCAUCUUCGAUAGUGUACGUUUAGGUUUGUCCAGCUCUGCAAAUAUUCUCCAAAUAGUAGAUGUCGCCCUCCGAGUUGUCUUCUUGCUGUUUUUGCCAUGUUUUUAGCUAUUAUUUUGCCUCGUUCCAGCUGUAGUUCUUACUCUUGAAACGAGUGAAAUGUCCGCCAUUUUUUUUUUUCACAAGCAAAACAACUCAACCUAGUCCCCAGGUCUUCUCGGUAACGGUGCCUUAACCUAUAGUGGGCUGCAUUUUUGACGUCAUUUCCUCGUUAAACACAAAAUUGUUCCAAAUUUGGUCAUCAGUGACUGGUUAUGGUAAUUAUGCGUGUGCUUUUAGCCAAUCAGAAGAGGGGAAAUAUUUUGAAUGAAUAGUAAUAAUGGUCAAGAGAGCUUACUUUAAAACAUGAAGCAGGCACAUUAAGUUUAUAAGAAAUUGCAUACCGUAUAAAUGAACAGAUUUAUAGGGGAUAAAAAAAUCUUUUUAAUUGGUGAACUGAAUAAUUGAAUGAAAGACUGAUUAAUUAAUUGAUUGAUUGAUUGAUUGACUGAUUGAUUGAUGGGUUGACUGACUGACUGAUAACGGCUGGCUGGGACCGGAUGGCUCAUGGCUGGUCAGCAUGGUUGGUUCGACGGGUACAGGAAGACAGGAAACAACAACAAAGAAAUUUAUAAACUAAGGAUGGCCUCUCAUGUUUUCGCAGUAGCUGUGUUUUUCUUGCUCUUCCUAACUCUGGGGACAAAUAAUGGAGACGUCAAACAAAAUGAAAUUAAUUACUGUCGUAAGAUUAGCUAAAAUGGUUUUUGUUUUAAACUAAACAGGUGGUAAGAUUAAGCUUGAAAAAAGAAUGCAAGUGCCACGGUGUCACAGGCAGCUGUGAAUAUAAAACUUGCUGGAGAUCCCUGGCACCUUUCGGUGAAGUUGGUCAACAAUUAAAGCUCAAAUAUCGACAUGCUGUAAGAGUGUCUCUCAUGAAAGGUAUCUUGAAAGAGGUGAAAACGAAGAAAAUAGCAGCAAGAAGAGACAAAAAGCUUGUUUACCUUGACAAUUCCCCAGACUUCUGUGUGCGAAACGUCACCGCCGGAUCACCAGGAGUGCUGGGAAGGACCUGCAGCAGCGAAGACGGUGGCGUGGACAAGUGCGUCUCUUUGUGUGACUCUUGUAGACUGAGAUCUCGGACAGUGGAACACAGCAAGCAGGUCCCUUGCAGAUGUAAGUUUGUUUGGUGUUGCAGCAUACAGUGUAAGGAGUGCACAAAGAGGUAUUCUAUUACAACGUGUACGAGGCGGUGA